UUGAGAGGCCAAAUUAAGGACAAUAGCAAUAGAAACAGAUGUUAAUAAAUUAGGUAGAGGGCGUUCGUGGAACACUUUAAAACCAAUGUUUGAAGAGAAUAAAGUAUGUUUGCAGUUGGCUGCUGGGAUACAGUAAAACAACACUGGUUGAGCUUCAUCUGAGAUGUACUGACCCAUAGCUAACUACAGAGUGGUGUGUUGGUGGUGAGGAUUGGUGGAUAACUCUAAUUAUUUGGAUGGAGGAACCUGCAUUGGGAUCAGGUCUUACUUCUUGGUAUGGUUCUGUCCUUGAGGACUACAUCAUCUGCUUUAGCAUUAGGGGGUUGGGAGAGAGGACAGGAACUGGAGGAAUCUGGGAACUCAGACAUGCCUCAGGCAGUACACCACUGGACAACCUCACUGGAACUUCACUAAACACUGAUGAGGCAAUAUGCUCUGUGUCUCCAACUCAGGAGAACCACACCGCUGGGACUUUACAUCAAGUAACAUCUGUAACGCAACGGAGGGGUGGAAAACAUGAAGAACCGAGCUCGCCUAGACCAGGGUACUACUCAUACUAGUUCUCCCACUAUGUAAGGGUGGUUAGAGAGUUAAAUCUUAUGUCAACACAUCAUUGUACCUGCAUUCAGUAGGAAUUUCCCUUUAUGUCAAUUCACGACGGUGAUUUUUAAUAAAACAGAGACCUCUAGUGGUGUUUAAAUAGCAUGAAUCACAGUAAGACUUCUCUCUUUGCCAAGGUAAAAUCCAGUGAUGGUUAUUUGAAAUGUGCUUUGCUUAUUCACCUUCGGCAGUCUAGUGGACAUUGUCAGUGAAAGUGGUUAGCUAGAACCUUAUGUGAGAGAUUUAUCUCAAGGGGGUACGAGGGUGCUGCAGAACCCAGAGCUGUUGUUCCGGAACCUUGCAAACUGCUGGGGGUUCCACAGUACAGUGUGUGAGGGGAAUGUUCUCCAAUGAUGUAUUAGGUUACCCCUACACCAGUGGGAAGCAGGGUAAAUCCCUCAGAAAGAUCAGCCUUAGUUAUCAAGGUUAUAAGAAGACAUUAUGGUUUUCAUAUUAAUCAAAUAUGCCCAUUAGCAUCAAAGUGUUAUUGUGUUAUUAAUGCUUUUAUUUGAAUAAAAUACUUUGUGUUUAGUUUAUUGAAACAAAGAAUGUUUGGCAUACUUUUAUUGCGGUAGGACAGCAGUUUGAACAUAGGAAAAAGCGUGCAGUUACAAGUUCUGUUCUGAAUGCAGUUCUGUCUUUGGGCACUAGUCUGUGCUGGUGUACUCUGCACCCUAUCAGGACUGUAGUUCGCAAACUGUCAUCGAAGGUGCAUAAUGUUCUCAAGUUUAAGUCUUGGUUAACAGUGGUCUUGGUUAACAGUCAUUAAACUACAGUGCACAUGGUGCUCUGAUGGCGGGUAUCACAGAUGGAUGUCUUGUGGAAUACGUUGAUGAGGAUGGGUCAUGGUGUUGGACAGCACUGUCAGUAUUUCGAACAAUAAACACUGACUUUUAAAGAUCAGUGCAAGCUAAGCCAGUAGGCUGGAGAGUAGAGACAUGGACGUGGAGGACAGAGAGGAGCCUACUGCAGAGGGCCGUGCUAUCAACACCGUGGACCAAGAUCAGCCAGGCCACCGGACCAAGUCUUCAGGCUGGCCUCCCCCCUCUGGGACCUGGAGUGCCUCCCAGGGCCCCCCCAAUGGAUGGGACAUGGGCUCCAAUAGAGAGGGGAGAGAUUGCUACAUCAACCACGUGUCUCAGAGCAGUUCCCUGGAGGAGGUCCGUCUGGACUCUGACAGGUUUGUUCCUCCGGCCCCCCGGAAGGUGGAGAUGAGACGGGACCCAGUGUUGGGCUUUGGCUUCGUAGCAGGCAGUGAGAAACCAGUGGUGGUCCGCUCAGUCACUCCAGGGGGCCCGUCUGAGGGGAGGCUGGUCCCGGGAGACGAGAUCAUUAUGAUUAACGACGAGGCUGUCGGCUCGGCCCCCAGAGAAAGGGUCAUCGACCUCGUCAGGAGCUGCAAGCAGUCCAUCCUAUUGACAGUUGUCCAGCCGUAUCCAUCACCCAAAUCUGCGUUCAUCAGUGCAGCUAAAAAGGCCAAGUUAAAGUCUAAUCCAGUCAAAGUCCGCUUUGCUGAAGAGGUCAUCAUCAACGGCCAGGUCCCAGAAACUGUGAAGGACAACUCACUGCUUUUCAUGCCAAAUGUUCUCAAGGUGUAUCUGGAGAAUGGACAGACAAAGUCCUUUAAAUUCGACAGUAACACGUCCAUUAAGGAUGUCAUCUUGACCCUGCAAGAGAAGUUAUCCAUUAAGAGCAUCGAGCACUUUUCUCUGAUGCUGGAGCACAGAUCUGAGGGCACGGCCAGCAAGCUCAUGCUGCUACACGAACAGGAGAUGCUUACUCAGGUGACACAGAGACCGGGUUCACACAAGAUGAAAUGCUUUUUCCGCAUAAGCUUCGUCCCAAAGGACCCGGUGGACCUGCUCAGGAGAGACGCUGUGGCGUUUGAAUACCUCUAUGUUCAGAGCUGUAACGACGUUGUCUUGGAGAGAUUUGGCUCGGAGCUGAAAUACGACACGGCCCUGCGUCUGGCCGCUCUGCAGAUGUACAUCCUCACCAUCAACACCAAGCAGUCCCAGAAAGUCUCCCUCAAAUACAUUGAGAAGGAGUGGGGUCUGGCUUUGUUCCUGCCUCCUGCAGUACUGUCCAGCAUGAAGGAGAAGAACAUCAAGAAAGCACUCACACACAUUCUGAAAACCAACCAGAACUUGGUGCCUCCUGGUAAAAAGCUGACGGCAUUGCAGGCAAAAGUGCACUACCUGAAGUAUCUCAGUGACUUGAGACUGUAUGGAGGCCGGGUGUUCAAAUCCGUUCUACUGCAAGGAGAGAAACACACAGAAGUGACCCUGCUGGUCGGGCCCAGGUAUGGCAUCAGCCACGUCAUCAACACCAAGACCAACCUGGUGGCACUGCUGGCAGACUUCAGCCACGUCAACCGCAUCGAGAUGUACACUGAGGACGAGAAGAAUGUCCGGGUGGAGCUCCACGUUCUGGAUGUGAAGCCCAUCACCUUGUUAAUGGAGUCGGUCGAUGCAAUGAAUCUAGCCUGCUUGACUGCUGGCUACUACAGAUUACUGGUGGACUCUCGUCGUUCAAUCUUUAACAUGGCCAAAAGCAACACAGGAAACACAGAUCGAAGUCACGAGGCGAGAAUAAAGCAGAACUACCAGGCCAUCGAGUGGACGUAUAGCACUCCGUGCGAGGACCACAGCAACCAGCGGUAUGGUCGUGAGCCACAGGACCGAGACUGUGAGUUCAUGGAGCAUGGCAGAAGUGAGAGUGACGUUCCUCCCGUCUACAUCACGGAGAUCCACCAGCCCCAGCAGAGCCUGCACAUGGCAGAGAGAGCGGAGAGGUGCAGCCGAGGGCCUCACCAGCCUUACCCCCUCCCUUUCCUCAGCGUCCCCAGAGCCAAACCCCAGGACUCCCCCCGCAGCGCCAAGGUCUCCUUCAUAUUCGGGGAGCCUCCUUUAGACCCCCAAAAUCUAGGCUACCAGCGGCUGAUGGACAAGAGCCCGGAGAUCUUGGACAACCACCGGCACAUGUACAAGCGUCUGGAGGAGGACUACAAGAUCAUGGACCCCAUCAUGGAGGCGGACAGCUAUCAGUACGGCGCCAUCGAGGAGCCGCUACUGAGGGACAUCUGCUACGCCGAGACGACGGACGAGGCCGAGGACGAGGACGAGGUCAGCUGCGAGGAGGACAUGAUGAUGGGCGAGAUGGACAAGCCCACUUUUCUGACCCUGUCCGGCUCCAGCGACGACAUCAUCGACCUGACGUCGCUCCCCCCGCCGCCGGAGGGCAACGACGAGGAAGACAGCGAUGUCCUGCUGCACUCCCUCAACCUGGCCAUCGCCGCUCCGCCCCCCGGCUUCAGGGACAGCUCUGAUGAGGAGGAGCAGCAUGGGGCCCAGGGGCCCUCCAGGAGGGGCCAGGGCCCCAGGGAUGACAUCCCCGUGUCUGUCAUAGACUCUGUGCCCAACCCGGGCGAGGAGGGCCCGGAGGGUCCGCUGGACGAUGCCAUGGUGUCCACCUUACAGGCUCUGGAGGCCCUGGCUGCAUCAGAGGAUGAGAGUCACCCCCAGUCAGAAAAUAGCACAGGUGUAGAAAUAUCCCGGGUCUUUAGCCCAGAGUCCUCCUCAGACUCCGGCAAUGAGACCAACUCCUCCGAGAUGACGGAGAGCUCAGAGCUGGCCGCUGCUCACAAGCUCUCCGAGAGCCACCUGAGGAUGUACGUGGCCACGGUGGAGGGCUACCACACCCUGACCGAGGAGAAGACCGAGUUCCCUGUAACCCCCUGCGAGGAUGGGGCGGCCCCCGAGACCCAGGACGACGAGGCCAGGUCCUCAGCUGUGUCCUCCUCCCAGAUCCUCCACCCACACGGGGGAGAGAUGGAGCCUGAGACCAUGGAGACCAAAUCCCUGACUGACUACUUCAGUAAGAUGCACGUGGGCUCCAUGAUGAGCAGACAGCCAGGGAAGAUGAGAGAGGAGGAGAGCAGGAGUCAUGGCGAUGUAGCUGACAAAUGUCACGCCAACACCCAGGAGCCGAAUAGAGAGGAGCUGCCUCAUCUGGUGGGGAAGUUGAAUGCGUUCACUGUCCGAGAUUCUCAGUACAUGAACCAGUUGGACUUAGGUCGAACUCCGUUUCGAGAGAGGCAUCAAAAAUGGCAGCAGCGGUCGCAUGGGAACAAAAUGGCGGACGUUCUCUCUCCGGAUUGCGUGAGUGACUCACAGGCCUCCCACGCUGACGGGGAAACAAUGAAGGGAGACAAGCAGGACUCUGAUGAGAGAAGCCAGCAGUUUGACGCUCGUUUACACUCCCCUGCCAAAGACCCCCAGAGCGCGGAGGACGCCAAUCUACAGCAGCGAAGCGAGCAACAGCAGCUAAGCAGGAUGUCAGCAACAGAGCAGGAUGUCACCAGACAGUAUGAGUACCACCUGGCUAAACGCAUGUCUUCCCUCCAGAGUGAAGGCAUUCACUCUCUCCAGAGCUCCCAGUGUUCCUCCAUUGACGCUGGGUGCAGCACAGGCAGCAGCAGCUGUGUCACACCCAUGGACUCCCCCCUCUGCACAGGGGAGAACCUGCACCUACUGUCGGAGACCUCCCUCAAGGGCCUGGGCUAUGUGUCCGGGGAGGAGAAGGCCUAUGGAGCCCAGGGACAGGGGCUCCAGGGCAGGGUCAGCCAUGCUAACAUGGACCCAACCUUGCUGCGCAAGAUCCACGCAGCAACCAGUGCUGAGCCUGGGUUUGGCACAGCGAGGGAUGGGGGCCACCGGAUGCCCAAGAUAAAAGAAACCACAGCUUGCACACAGCUGGAGAAGGCUGGUGGAGAGGAACCAUCCUCAGCUCUCUCAAACCAGGUCAAUGCCACCACCACCAACACCACCUCACCAGCAUCAUUAAACAGUAGCACAGAGCCCCGUGGGCCACAGCUCCAACCCCAGCCCCUUCCACCCGCCCAGGCUUACCCCUCCAGCUUGCCCCCAUGUGACCCCAAGGCAGGUGGCCUCAGGAAGUCACUCAGGCUGCUGCGGAGAAGCUGGAGCAGCAUGACGAUAGGCUCUGGCAGCUUUGAGGCUCUGGUGAAGAAAACCAAAGCCACUCUGAGCGGGAGGAGCGGCCAUGACGCCCGGUCACCUGACCCCCCGAAAACACAAGGGGGAAUUUCUGCCAAGAAACUGUCCGAGAGCAUGUCCCAGGGCUCUGGGAGUUUUCCCACCACAGGCAGUAAGCUCAUUAGAAGGGCAUCCAUCAUGCUGCCAGUUUCAAGAGAUGCCAAGCAACUCAGAGCCGUGCCAAGGCCGGACACGGGCACCUGGAGGUGCCACGGACCGCUCAGCCACUGCUUUCUCAGGAGGAACACCCGGGAGGAUGCUGAUGACGAAGAUGGAGAAAAGGCCUCACAGGGACUCUCCUCUGGGGAACAGAAAGCCACCUCCAGAGAUGAGGAGGCGAAGAGCACAGUCUCACUGCAUGUGCCUGGAGGAUCUCACAUAGCCGAGCAGCUCGACAGGGCCAGCGUAAAAGGCAUGAGCCUCAAAGCCAGGCUUGCCCGAGUGAACUCCAUGAAGGGCAAGACCUAUAGCCUCCCAAGGGGGUUUCCAGACGCACGGAGAGAUGCCCUGGAGAUGAUUGUUCUGGUGCGCUCCAGCGUUUCCCGUGAACACAGCAGCGGGAGGUCAGAGGUCGACGAGACAGACCCGGGGAAGUACAGCCAGCUGCUGUCAGUGGAGGCCAAGGCGCUGGGCAGCGCCUGCAGUCAGAUGGCCAUGGUGCACAGCGACCCAGAGGAGAUGCUUCUUAGCCUGACUCACAGCUUCCACACGCUCUGCUGCCUCACGCAGGCCUGCAUGUCCCUGCUGGACGGCCCGGGCAGCCCGGCCCAGCAGAGAGCGGUGGGAGCCACGGUGGACGAGCUCAUUUUGAACUACGUGUGUCUGCUCCAUGCUGCGGAAGCGGCUUGGGACAGCGUCCCUAGUGGCCAAAGUGUGAACACGUUGGCACGUCACUCCGCCACCAUGUCUGCCAUUGUCAACACUCUAACUUCCUCACUUAAAACACUGUUCAGUAAGUAAACACACGUCCGUCUACACAGUGUCAUUAGAGAUUUCAAAGCCAUACAUUGGAGACGGGGGUUCAUUCUACCCAACCAAUGUGAACUGCUGUGACAAACCUUGCCUUGUGUAUAUUUUGUUUGAUAUGUAAAGUAAAAUGAAUUAUAUGAAACAAUAUGACAAUUUUAAAAGAGAUUAUAUUCAGGCCACAGAGAGGAAAGAAGUGAAUUUAAGAUUAUAUCACCUGAUGUUACCUGAUAGCUAUAAUUUCAAUUAAUGAUAAACACAUUGUGGGUAUUAUUGUGCAGAUGAACCCUGAUAGGUGUAUGUCCUUCCCUUAUUUGUAUUAAAUACUCUAUGUAUAAACAUUGUUACAUAUUGCACAUGACAAAGAUAUUAUAAAAGAUGAUAUUAACAGCUCUAGACAAAUCAAUGCGCAAGACAAGACAUAUUAUAUGAUCAAACAAUCCACAUGACCUCAGUCUUUUGCAUUUUCUGAAUUCAACAUAGUUUUAUG